ACGCAGACAAAUCUUGUUUGCUGUGCGUGGAGUCGGACAGGGGAAGAGCUUUUCAACUACUGCACUUUUUGGAUGAACCGAAUAGUGGAUUCUUCAAUGAGCGCUUUUGAAGCCACUGGCUCUAGCUCACUUUGAAGAAGUGAGGGCGCCACAGAUAUCUACCUGCGUUUUCCCAAAAAGCCGUGCAAAUAUGAAAUUCUGGAUAUGUAUACUAGCUGUUGUCUUGGCUGUUGAAUCUACGCACGCGGGGACGAAGAAUCAGGAGCCGUGUUCAGGACGGGACUGCAGUGGAGGGUGCCAGUGCAACCCGGAGAAGGGAGGCAGGGGUCGGCCAGGACCUCUGGGGCCAGUUGGGCCAAAUGGGCCGGAAGGGUUUGUGGGGGGCCCGGGGCCCUCAGGACCCAAAGGAGACAAAGGCCAUUUAGGACUCAGGGGACCGUCUGGGCUAAAAGGAGAAAAGGGACCAAUGGGCGUGCCAGGUUUCGCAGGAACUGAUGGUGUUCCAGGUCACCCUGGACAGGAUGGGAGCAGGGGCCUUCCAGGAAUCGAUGGGUGUAAUGGCACCAUCGGCGACCCAGGUCCCAGGUCUAUGGAUGGACCUCCAGGUCGGCCUGGUGUUACUGGGCCACCUGGUCGGAAGGGUCAGAAAGGAGAGCCUGUGUAUACGGGACGGGGCAAUGGCAUUAGGGGAGAGCCUGGUUUGCCUGGACUGGAUGGUCUGAUUGGUCAAAAUGGUCCGAGUGGGCUCCCAGGGUCAAUGGGUCCAAGAGGUCCAGACGGAUACCCUGGACUUCCUGGUCCUCCAGGUCCACCUGGUCCUACAGGGAGCCCUGGUGUAGGUUUCCGGGGGGAAAGAGGAGACAAGGGGGACGCAGGUCUACCCGGACCUCGAGGAGAGCAGGGGGAAGAAACGCUAGUAGGCGCAUCAGCCAUAAGCACUAUCUUCAAAGGAGAUAAGGGAGACGUGGGCCUGCCCGGCGACCCCGGCCGCCCACUGGUCAAUGGAGUGGUGGAGUUUGUGGGCUUUCCUAAAGGAGACAAAGGAACUAAGGGUGACUUUGGUUACAGGGGGAUACCAGGUCAGCCAGGACUACCUGGACUUCCGGGCCCUUUGGGGUACCCAGGUGAGGUUGGCGAGAAAGGAAUUCUGGGACUGCCAGGUGGACGGGGAGCUCCUGGUUUGAACGGACCUCUUGGGGUUCCUGGCAGCACGGGGUACCCCGGUAACCCAGGUCUGCCUGGACCUCAAGGAUAUCCUGGGCCUAAGGGAGAACAUGGAGAUCAAGGAUUACCUGGACCCCCUGCAUUUGCUGAUGGGCAAGGGGUCUCUGUCCAAGGUCCCAUAGGAGAACCAGGGAUCAGUGGCUUACCAGGCCCUACAGGUGACCAGGGACCUCUGGGGUACCCAGGAGAACCUGGACCCCCAGGGAGCUCAAUCUCCGGCAUAGGUCGGCCUGGAGCUGAUGGGUUUCCAGGGACCGACGGCCCAAAAGGAGAGAAAGGAAACCCAGGACGGCCUGUCUAUGGAUCUGAGGGGCUCCCAGGGGCCCCAGGCUUUCCAGGCCCUCCGGGGCCUCCAGGGCCAAUUGGUGGAACUCGCCCUUCAAAUGUACUGCCAUCUGACGUACGUGGACCUCCAGGACAGCCAGGCCGGAGAGGGCCACCUGGAAGUUCAGGUGCACCAGGAGGAAAAGGAGAGGCGGGUGACUGCCAGUGUCUCGGUGGUGGUGGGGGGUUUGACCAGCAGGGCCCACCAGGCCUUCCAGGGUCCCCUGGUUCCCCCGGGUUUCCUGGAAGAAAGGGUGAAAUUGGUGACACGGGGUCACCAGGUACUCCUGGCGCCUCAGGUCCCACUGGUAACCCUGGUGAAUGGGGCUUUUCAGGACGGAAGGGGGAGAAGGGUGAACCCUCUUACCCAGUGGGCCUGGGCCAGAAAGGUGAACUAGGUGGACCAGGGCCCCGUGGGCUCCCAGGAGACAUGGGCCGUCCUGGCCGGGACGGCACUCCUGGGAUCGCAGGACGUCCUGGACCCCCUGGAGACACUGGCUAUGGCGUGAUCGGGGAACGAGGACUCCCAGGGAUUGCUGGCGCUAAGGGGCAGCUCGGCAGGCCAGGAGAGCCUGGGAUUGGGUACCAGGGCUCUCCUGGUAUCCGUGGGCUGCCUGGAGACCCGGGUAUCAAUGGCCUUCCUGGACAGCCUGGCUUACCUGGGCCCCCAGGUGACUGUUGCUGUGGGCAGGCGGGGGUUAAUGAGGCCUCUUUGGAAGAGGGAGGCGCAACUUUGCCCUGUCGGGUCUCCGGUGAAGAUGGUGAACCAGGUCCACCUGGAUUCCCAGGGCCUCCAGGGUUGAAAGGCCAGCCUGGUUUCCCAGGGGAUCCUGGGCGACGUGGUUUUGAUGGCAUAAAGGGUGACAGAGGUGACCCAGGCACUGGGGGGCUGCCUGGACCACCGGGCUUCACAGGCCCCAGGGGGGACCCAGGGGCCCCAGGGCUCUCGACUGACGGCUUUCCUGGCGCUCAGGGAAAGAAUGGUCUGCCAGGUCUUCCUGGGGAGAAGGGAAAACCGGGUGAGGUGCUGGGGGCCUCUGCAGGAGACCCAGGACUCCCUGGACUCCCUGGAGAACUCGGAGACAAAGGACAGGCAGGGACACCUGGACUGCCAGGUGGACCAGGUUUUGAUGGGCGUUCGGGGGUACCUGGGCUAAAGGGCGAGCGAGGUGAAGAUGGCUAUCCCGGAAUCCCAGGUCAGCCUGGCCUACCUGGGGAAGGUGGGCAAGGAGGGAUCCCAGGCCCUGCAGGAGCUGUUGGGAACAAGGGUUUCCCUGGAGCUCCAGGAUUCCCAGGGCUCAAGGGCUCUGUCGGAGAACCCGGACCACCAGGGCCUGCAGGAAUGAAGGGCCUGCCCGGAGAUGGAGGGAACCCUGGUCAACCAGGACUCAGGGGCCCCCAAGGGCCACCAGGAACUGCCGCCGGAAAUGGCAUCCCUGGAGCACCAGGAAGGAAGGGUGAGAAGGGGUUAGCUGGUAUGUUGGGGUUCCCUGGAAUGCCAGGAAGCCCUGGUGCCCCUGGGGUAACUGGGUCAAAGGGUUUACCGGGCUUCCCUGGACGGGGUGGCUUGCCAGGAGAAAUUGGCACCACGGGUCUAAAAGGGGAUCGGGGGACACCUGGUCUGCCUGGACCGGCAUCUCUACCUCCCCGAGUCGGCCUGCUGGUGAAAGGGGAGAUCGGGGACAGUGGCCAAAGCGGCUAUUCUGGAUUCCCUGGACCAAGAGGUGAUAAAGGAGGCCCGGGGUCAGCAGGGCGGCAGGGCCGGCCCGGUCUGCCUGGACGACCUGGUCAGGAGAAGGGCAAACCUGGGGUACCAGGCCUCCCUGGAACCUCCAAUGUUCCUGGCCUGCCUGGACCCAAGGGAUCUCCAGGAAUUAUUGGCUUCUCUGGCAUGCCAGGGCCUAGGGGUGAUGAUGGGGCACCUGGUCAACCUGGAUUCCCCGGAGGCCCAGGACAGCCUGGUAGAAAAGGUGAGCGUGGUGAUUCCUUCAGUAUACCUGGAGCCCCUGGUGCUAAAGGACUUCCUGGAGACCCUGGAUUACAUGGUAGAAGAGGUAACACAGGCCUUCCAGGAGAUGCUGGUUUCCCUGGAAGUUCUGGAUACAGUGGACAGAAGGGCCAACCUGGAGAGCCAGGUCGUCCAGGACAGAUGGGUACCCCAGGGUUCCCUGGUAGCAAAGGCCAAGGUGGUUUCCCAGGAGUCAGAGGGUUGGAUGGUUCACCUGGUUUUCCUGGAACUCCAGGAGCUCUUGGCCAGAAAGGUUUACCUGGCUCUCCAGGUCUUGAUGGUCUCAAUGGACUCGGAGGGGCGAAAGGUCUACCUGGAACUCCAGGUCUUAGUGAAGGAGGCCGACCUGGGGCACCAGGCUUUCCUGGGCUGAAGGGGGAAAGAGGGCCAUCUUUAUCAGGAGGUCCUGGCAUCCCUGGAGCCAAAGGGGCCAGAGGAAACCAAGGUACCCCUGGUGGGGUAGGUUUCCCUGGUCUACCUGGACCUCAAGGGGUCUCCGUCACCUCUGACAUUGUAGGGCCCCCUGGAGAUCUCGGUCUACCUGGAUUAGAUGGAGAGCAAGGUUUCCGUGGCCGCCCAGGCCCCAUGGGUCCUGCUGGCCCGGGCACUUACCAGGGUGACAGAGGUGACUCAGGACUCCCUGGCUUCCCUGGCAUACCUGGUGCACUUGGAGACCCUGGGGCCCCAGGAGCCUCUGGACAGCCUGGCAGCCCAGGACUUAAAGGCGAAAGGGGUGAAAUGGGGUUCAGUGGAACUUCAGGACAACCAGGCAUCCAGGGAGACCCUGGAUACUAUGGGAGACAAGGGCCAAAGGGGCUCACAGGGCCGGCUGGCAGGAAGGGACUCCCUGGUAUAGUUCUUGCACCACCUGAAAUUCCGAUGCCUAAAGGAGAGCUUGGAGUUCCAGGAAACCCAGGGUUUCCUGGAGAGUUGGGCCCUGCUGGUCAGCCUGGGAGUCCUGGCCGCCAUGGUUCAAAAGGAAAAUCUGGACUUCCGGGGAAGUUGGGGCCUACUGGGCCAGAAGGUCUACCAGGAUCAAUUGGAGAUGUUGGGCCAGGAGGACUGCCUGGACUUACUGGAGAGCAGGGUACCCCUGGGAAGCAAGGCCCCCCUGGCCCCCCUGGGCUCACUGCCCGCAGCAGCAGUAUCGGCUACACGCUGGUGAAGCACAGCCAGUCCAGCCGGGUGCCCAUGUGUCCACAGGGCAUGGCUAAGCUAUGGGAGGGCUACAGCUUGCUGUAUGUGGAAGGCCAGGACAAGGCCCACAAUCAGGACCUGGGAUUGGCAGGUUCCUGUUUGCCCCGUUUCAGCACCAUCCCCUUCCUGUACUGCAAUGCGAACGAGCUCUGCUAUUUCGCAAGCCGCAAUGACAAGUCCUACUGGCUGUCCACCACUGCGCCCAUCCCCAUGAUGCCUGUGGCGGAGCAGCAGAUCUCGCAGUACAUCAGCCGCUGCUCCGUGUGUGAGACCCCCUCCCAGGCCGUGGCCGUACACAGCCAGGACCUCACCAUCCCCACCUGUCCCCAGGGCUGGAGGAGCCUGUGGAUUGGCUACUCCUUCCUGAUGCACACCGCGGCUGGGGCGGAGGGUGGCGGACAGUCCUUGGUUUCUCCCGGCUCUUGCCUGGAAGACUUCCGCGCCACCCCUUUCAUCGAGUGCAACGGCCCCCGCGGGACGUGCCACUACUUUGCCAACAAGUACAGCUUCUGGCUCACCACUGUGCAGCAGGAGCGGCAGUUUGUGGAGGCCCCACCACAGGAGACCCUGAAGGCCGGCCAGCUGCGAUCGCGCGUCAGCCGCUGCCAGGUCUGCAUGAAGAUCUUGUAGCUGAAGGCACAGGUGCACACGCAUGUGGAGAGAGACUGACGCCCUGAGCAGAGGAUCCAACAGAGUGCCAACAGAGAUUUAGGAAAUGAGAGAAAACACUGAGAAGCUUCAUACCUCCUUCCGCGCCCCUCUUGUCUUGAUUAUGCAAGGGAUUGGGGUAGCCAUAAGCAUUCCCUGCAUUUAGACACCUUUGCAUCAAGCGGAGAGGAGGGAGAGGAAGGUAUUGUGUCAUUGUUCUAUCGUAGUUCUUAACUGACAUUGGUGCUAUAUGUUUUCAUUUCUUUGUUUUUAUUUUCUUGUUGUGUUUUGUCUUAUUAUUCACGGCUACCUCGGAGAGUGCAUCGAAACAUCCCUUGGAUUAGCACUGAACCGUUGAUUUAUCAUUUAAGUAACAACCAACAGUUAGUUAAAAAUGAUGUUCAUUUCUUUUUAUCUGGUUCGCAAAUGUAUAUACAUAUAUUUACUCUCACCUGUAUCAACAGGACAUACUGGUGCUUUUGUGAAUCUCUUGAAUUUUAGGGAUUCGUUUUUUUAAUCCUACCAUUUAUAUAACACAAACCGGCACUUUUGAACACAUGAAUGAAUGAAUGCAUGAAUGAAAAGUAAAACCAUAUAUAAUGACAUACUGUGUUUCAUUUUUAUUAGAAUGCACAUGAUUCAGCACCUAGUUGUAUUGCACUGAUCUAGAUUCCUGGGAGAGUGGAGUGGAGUGUCUGUCUAGACCCCUCACUGAUAGACUACAGUAUCUGCAGUAUUGCAGUGCAAUUGACUAUGGGCUGAGCAGCUGGAGGAGUGAAGAACAAGACAGGCCCUGAAGGGAGAUACACAGUUCUGCUAUGCUGCCUCUGUAAGGAGUAUAGGCAUUCACUUAGUCAGUUAUACACAUACCACAAAUAUAGACCAGUCUCCUUUUCCAAGUGGAAAACCAACAUGUAACUGCCUUUUAAAUCAUUGUAGUGACACAGAAGUUGAAGGAUUUUUUUCUCCCUGAUUUUACUUCUAUCUUCUGAAAACCAAAAGGGUGGGGGUUUUGAUCACCCCUCACUUUUUUCAACCACAAACAGACUUCAAGAAAGACUCUCAAUACAACAUACUUUAAACACGCAAGUGUGAAUCAGAUAUCCAACAUUACACUGCAAUACAUUUUAAAAAGAAACCAAAGGGUACUGUGUAGAGGUAAACCCUUCCUCUUCAAUCACUUGCUUUUUCUGUGAACUCUUUGAAGGGACUGAGUCACACGUGACCACUAUGCCCAUUGACUUUUAUCUGACAGUCUCUCACUGGUAGCCUUGAGUAUAUGUUUUCCAUUUUAUUUGUAUGAUUUUUCACUUAUUUGUAAGUUGGAUUGUGUAAUAUUUUACUACACUGAAUCCCCUUUGCUAUAAAAAUAGCAGAAAACUACUAUA